UCAAUGCUGCAGAAGGCUCAGAUCCAGGUCAUAGACAGCGCUCAGUGCUCCAGUCCAGCAGUGUACGGCUCUUCCAUCACUCCCAGGAUGAUCUGUGCUGGUGUUAUGGCUGGAGGAGUGGAUGCUUGCCAGGGUGAUAGCGGUGGUCCACUGGUGUACUUGGCUGACCGCUGGGUGCUAGUGGGAGUAGUCAGCUGGGGUGUAGGUUGUGCCAGACCAGGUUUUCCCGGUGUUUACACUAAUGUGGACCAGAUGCUUGACUGGGCCCAUUCAGUAAUGCAGACAUACAAGUGAGUUUGUGAUGGAAAAAAUAAAGAGAAAGACUAUUUAAGAUGUACUUCAGGAAUUUUGGUGAGGAGUCGCUGGAAGAGUUUUUGGUCCUCAUGCUCAGGGUCUUCAAGGUGCCAUGAGAAAGAUUUUGCACAUAUAUGUACAUAAUAAAAACAUGUGAACUACCACUUUAUUUGGGAACACAGCAAUGCAAUCUUAAAGUAACAGUACUCACUGUCUUGUCUUACUUUAAACACACUCAUUGUUCUGAACGAGUUUUUGUCUUCUGUAAAACUA